UAUUGCUCAACAGCGCCACACGUGGCCUGACCGUGGUGAGUUGCUGCCAACCCGUUGAGGGUAAGAGGUGCCGAUCUGUAAUCGAUCGUUACAUUUUCGUCGCCUUUCGAAGACAAGUAUCAUGAACGGGUUGGGUGCAGACGAUUGUCAUGUUGAGGACAUUUUGCGACUCAACGUUGGUGGAGUGGCCAUGACUGCUCGACGGCAAUCUUUGUGCCGAUACAAAGAUUCCAUGCUCGGUGCAAUGUUCAGUGGCCGCUUCCCAUUGAAACAAGACAGCACAGGUGCCUGUGUAAUUGAACGGGAUGGACAACUCUUUAAGUACCUGUUGGAUUACCUGCAUGGAGUGCUGAGGAUUCCUACUGAUGAGAAAACCCGACUUGCCCUGCAGGGGGAGGCAGACUACUUUGGAAUCCCAUAUCCAUACUCCUUGUCUGGACAUCUGCAGCAUGAAAUAGAUACUUACCGGUCCAGGGGAAAGGUGGACACUCCUCAGGUGCUGUCAGAGCUCUGUGAAGAGAAUGGGUUGGUGUGCACGGAGCCUACGGUGUGGGUGCUGCACUACCUCAACACGUGUGAUGCCAGCUGCGAGAGCCGCGUGCUCGGCUUGUACGUGAACAAGGCCGACGGCGUGCAGGCCAUCGAGCAGCAGCUGGGAGGCAGGCUUAAAAGCAAGACCAUCUUCAAACGGGAGUCCGGAAACAAUCUGCAAUACAUCUGGAGCUAUUACACGGCUGUUGAGUUGAAAAGCAUGAUGGAUGCAUUCGGCUCCUGGGAAGGAAGGGGUAUCAGCUACUGGCGGCUGCAGCGUGAGUUGGUGGAGUGUUGGACCCUUGAGGGUCGGACCCUGAGAGCUCCCAAUGAAACGACAUCCCCCAUUCCCAAGAGGAAGUGUAUAAAUGUGAAAGUAGAGGAUGGAAGAAAACCAAUCAGAGUCUCCGGCUCAUCCACCUCCACAAAAAUACGAGUCACUGGCUGCAACGUAAACCUUUUGGGCAGCAAUUCCUCGGUCACCAAAGGGAAUGUAAUUUCCCUGAAACGAAAAUCACCUGUGGUUGACAAACCAGCUGUGCCAAUGUCCCCUCGAAUUACUGUAGCUCCUACAUCUUCCACGUCAGAUCAGCGAAACCAAGACGUGUCAGUACGGCAGCAACCGCUGAAAACACAUACGAGUAGGGCAGACGUGUUGGAAGGUACGGCGCCAAGGUCUGGAGCACCCACACGGGUGAUCAAGAUCAAGAGGAUCCAAUUCGCGAAGGCCACGGAACAGCCUGGCGAAGGCAAUGUUGAGGCCGCUGAACCGCCAUAUGCCAACCAGUCUGGCUCCCCAACAAAUGAAACCAACAAUGUACCUCCAGCUUCUGAUGCUACAGAUGAGCGGACUUGAAAACAUCGUGUUGGUUUGAUUAAUGUUGUGUGAAUACCAUUAGUGUCCAGCAGACCCUGAAAUUGUAGUGCGCGCUGAUACUGGUAAUGUUUUAAAAUAAAAUAAUGCGAAUGGA